GUAUGAAACUAGAUCGUUUUGUAGACAUACGAAAUAGUUCCCAAAUGUCCAUAACUAUCGAUUUAUAUCCGUAUUUUGACAAGUUUUAACGAAAAUGUUUUUUGAAUUUAGUUUUGAGUUUGUUUAACAUACAUGUAAUGAUUUCGUUGGACAUUUUAACGUUAACCAACAUUUGUUUAGGUCGCGGAAGUAUAUUCGUGCCACAGCUACUGUGAGUGGUGCGAAAUUUGAAAAUUACACUAGUAUGGACUAGCUAGCAAGCAUGUUAGCUAGCUGAAAAACGUUUGAUUCUUGUAGUCAUUUAGUUGGUAUGUUUAGCUAAGUCUAGUUGGAUUCAUAAGGGUGGAUAUUGUAGCGUUUCUAAAAAAAAACAUUAUUUUUAAGGUGAAAGACCCCACUGAAGUCGCUUGGAUUCCUUUCUGUUGUAGCUAGGUAAGUUAGAUCAUGGCCAGUUCAGAGCUGAAAAUGGACAACGUUGAGGGAACUGAAACCUUGAAUGAACUGGAGGCCUCGUGUCCUCCUCUGAGCAACAUCACAACACUUUUGGAAUUAUCCCAGCUCACACCCUCCCAACUGGAUUUCUCCCCUCAGAGCUUCACGCCGUCUUCUAACGCCAAAGAAAAAUCUCGCCUGGCUCAGCUGAAGGUUAAGCGGAGGUCUAAUGUUGGGGUACGGGGCUCACCAGAGACCAACUCCCUUAUCCGCUACAUAGCCCAACAGAGGAUGAAAACUCCCCCCACAACCACACAGCCUACCCAAGCCAGAACCUUCUCUCCCAGAUUCCCCUCUACUCUAAAGCAGAAGAUGGCUAUUUUCCAGAGCAUAAUGGCUGUGGAGGAGAAUGAGAAUGAAACGGUACCACAACAGGACAAUCACACCGGGGGAUGCAUCAAGACAAGAGAUUUUCUGUCUGGUGAUGGGUGGAGCUGUGAUGAUGGCAGUGGUGGGAAGGAGAACAAGACCCCAGUGAGCCAGCCUCCCUUUCUAACUCCACCACCCAGUAAGAGGCGCUGCACAGCAGUCUCCCAGGGGAACUGUGUGGAGGAAAUUGGUGAGGCCAACACUCUUGUCCUCAAACACACCGGCACCAUACUGAAGCAGCAACAAAACAAUGAGGCUGCAGUUGUCCAGAACAAGGACCAUCAUCCAGCUCUCACUGUAACACCCGGCGUACAGCCCCAGAAUGACACUGAGCUCUCUGGUGAGCUAGAACGCGCUAGUGUGUCCCUGCCACCAGCCCUGCAUACUAAUACUGUGUCCCAGGUCACACGGGGGGAGCCCCAGUCCUCUCCUCUAAAGCAGAUUUGUACUCCCACCAAGGAGGAGCAGGACCAAGAAUGCUCCUUUGAAGUCCACAGCUCCAACCAACCUCUGGUUGUGCAUUCAGGACCAGACAGGACAACUCUGUCCCCUCUGUUUGCCAUUCCAUCUCUUCUGGAGAUGAACCCCACAGAUGAAGCUGAUUCCUCUGGUGGUAACAUUACCUCAACUGUGAAGAGGAAGAAGCAGGUGCGUUUCGGGAUCCUGCUGCCCCCCGAGCUCUUUGACAAGAAGCUGCCCCCCAGCACCCCUCUGCGGAAGGGGGGCACCCCGGGCAGGGUCCCAACAUCUGCCGGGGUGUCCCAGCUGAGGUCACUGCUGAAGACCCCCCAGAGGACCCCUUUAAACCUGGCCCAGCCAGACUUCAGCAGCCCCUCUCUGACUGGAGCAUCCCCACCCCUCACUAGUGGGCACUGCUGUGGGGAACAGAGCGCUGACACUCAGGGAAAGAUCACUUUCCCUUCAAUGGAAGAUGAUGUUGACAGUUCCUUGGACAAUGCAGAGCUGGAGACUCGACCUCUGGAUUUGAACUCCGCUUUCCAAAAGGAGGACUCCAUUUGUGAGGCACUGCCAGAUGCUGCCCCGGUGCCUGACCCCGCCCCAGUGCCUGAUCCUGCCCUGGACCGUGAACCAGAAUCAGACGCCCCUGCCACAGCCCGCUCUCGCAGCAGAAAGAGAAAGCAACCAGAGGAGGAAAGUAAGCCUGUGAAGAAGAGGUCGACGCGUACGGCUGCCAAGUCUGCCUGUGGGAGGAUGAAGAACUUAGCAAAGCGUGGCUUUGGGAAGAAGGAGGUAAAUCACUCUCUGUACGGCAAGAGAGCCUAUGCAUCCAAGAACCCCAACCUCAGCCCAAUCACGGAGAACCUGUCCUCCCUCAGCUGCUCCCCCACCCCUCAACACCCCCACACCUCCAGACACACAACCAAAGGAGACUCCAGCCUAUUGGAAGAUGUCAUUAACAGCGACCCAAUCACUGGAGUGGUCAUGGCUGCAGCCCUGUGGCAAAGCCGCCUGUGCCCCGCUGCCGGUGGGGUCUCACCAGAAGACACCAUCCCAGCUGCAGAGCCAUCUGUUGGGCCUUCAGAAGCCCCUGUAGGCUUUACCACAGGCUGCUCUGGGACUGGGAGGGCAGCACGGGCUGGGAGACGGUGGUCAGGUCCAACAAAUACCUUCAGAACCAAAGAGCAGAAAGAACCGAGUGUUAUUAGAGGUAGAGGGAAAGGCAGGAAGGUGAGUGUUCCUGUUGAUGACUGUCUCAGUGAAGAGCAGGUAGAGCACACUGAUCAAGACCCAACAGAAACAAGCCAGGCAGAGGUUUCAGAGUCCAGUCCAGCCAAGCACACUGUACCUGGUGACCGAGAGGGUGAACCUAAUGCUCAGUGUACCUCAGACCCUGUAGAUACAGAUCAAUGCACUUGCACACUACCAGAUGCAGGUAGGAGUGGGGAAAGUCCAGUUAGGGCAGACACUACAUGCUGCCCUCCUACACAUGAGGUUAGCGCCACAGUGGCUUCAUUAGAGCAGGAGGCAGUGAGCCAUGUAGAACAGAGACCAAACAAAGGCAAGCAGAGAGGAGAAGCCCGGGGCCCAGGCCGCUCCAGGGGUAGAAGGAGCUCUAUAUACGCCAGCUCAGUCGUAGAGGAGAGGGAGGAGGCGCAGGCACCUCAGUCAAAUGGUCCAGAGGCAGUGGAGAGCAGGCAAGAUGUGGAGAAUGACGUCCACGGGUCAGAGAUGGAGCAGGGUAGCAUUACAGAACAGGCCUCCUUCCGAGACUCCCUCCUUCCCCCCUGGGCACAGGAAGAGUUCAGUAUCGACGAUGUGCUGCGGCCUCUUCCCAGCAGGGGGCGUCGGUCUGUCCGCCGCAGCCUGAGGAACCAGAGCCAGAGCAGCACCCUAGAGGCCAGAGGCUCCGGCCUGGCCUGGCUGCCCCAAACCUCCCCAGACUCCAUCAGGGCUAUCCGCAGGAAGACCAGGGGCCGCCGCAGCUCAAUCCAGGCUCUAUUGCCCCCUCCCCUGGAGUAAGUGGACCGUUGAGCUGUUCACGCUGCUCCUAGCCUGUCGGUGUCUGAAAUGGCACCCUAUUCACUAUGUAGUACAUAUUACAUUGAAUAGGGUAGCAUUUGAUACACACCUGCCUUUUUGAUACUUUUAGAGAAGCUAAAUGGAUGUGGUUCUGAGCUAAUUGUUUGUUGGGAGUUUUAUAAACCUUUUUGUUUUUUAGUCGUUAACAAGUUGUGUAAAUAGAAUAAGGUCUUCCGUUAAUGUGAUUGCGCUGUCUGGCAGUUGUUUACCUCCUGUAUCCAUUAAAUAAAAUGGGUAUCUUCCAAACCAUU